AUGAGAAAAGUUGAAGUUGACAUGCGAAUAGAUGAAUCAACAGAUGCCAUGUAUGCUGAAAAUCUCUCAUUAAAUUCUUUACAGGAUGAGAUCAAUGACAAUGUAAUCAUUGAAAAUUUUCACAAGUUGAAACGGUCACCUUUGAUUCGUACAUUACUUUCUUUUUAUCGUCAUUUAGAGGGAAAAGAGAGAUAA